AGGAAGCCAGCGCCGCCAGUGUGAGGCAGGUGCCCGACAUGGCGAGUGCGGUGCUGCCGAGCGGAUCCCAGUGCGCGGCGGCGGCGGCGGCGGCGGCGCCUCCCGGGCUGCGGCUCCGGCUCCUGCUGUUGCUCCUCUCCGCCGCGGCGCUCGUCCCCACAGGUGAUGGACAGAAUUUGUUUACAAAAGACGUGACAGUGAUUGAGGGAGAAGUCGCGACCAUCAGCUGCCAAGUCAAUAAGAGUGACGACUCUGUAAUUCAACUCCUGAAUCCCAACAGGCAGACUAUCUAUUUCCGGGACUUCAGGCCUUUGAAGGACAGCAGGUUUCAGCUGCUGAAUUUCUCUAGCAGCGAACUCAAAGUGUCGUUGACAAAUGUCUCCGUUUCUGACGAAGGAAGGUACUUCUGCCAGCUCUACACUGACCCCCCCCAGGAGAGCUACACCACCAUCACAGUGCUGGUCCCGCCACGGAACCUGAUGAUCGAUAUCCAGAAGGACACUGCCGUGGAAGGAGAGGAGAUCGAAGUGAACUGCACUGCCAUGGCGAGCAAGCCAGCCACCACCAUCAGGUGGUUCAAAGGGAACAAGGAGCUCAAAGGAAAGUCGGAGGUGGAGGAGUGGUCAGACAUGUACACGGUGACGAGCCAGCUGAUGCUGAAGGUGCACAAGGAGGACGACGGGGUCCCCCUGAUCUGUCAGGUGGAGCACCCCGCCGUGACCGGGAACCUGCAGACGCAGCGCUACCUAGAAGUGCAGUAUAAGCCUCAAGUGCAUAUUCAGAUGACUUACCCUCUCCAAGGCCUCACCCGGGAAGGGGAGACGCUCGAGUUAACAUGUGAAGCCAUCGGGAAACCCCAGCCCGUGAUGGUGACCUGGGUGAGACUCGAUGAGGAGAUGCCUCAGCAUGCCAUCCUGUCUGGGCACAGUCUGGUCAUCAACAACCUCAACAAAACCGACAACGGCACGUACCGCUGCGAGGCGUCCAACGUGGUGGGCAAGGCCCACUCGGAUUACAUGCUGUAUGUAUACGAUCCCCCCACAACUCUCCCUCCUCCCACAACAACCACCAUCACCACCACCACCAUCCUUCCCAUCAUCACAGACACAACGGCGACGACAGAGCCAGCGGUUCACGGCCUUACUCAGUUGCCCAAUUCCGCAGAAGAACUGGACAGUGAGGACCCUGCAGAUUCCCGAGCCGGGGAGGAGGGCUCCAUCCGGGCUGUGGACCACGCCGUCAUCGGCGGCGUCGUGGCCGUGGUGGUAUUCGCCAUGCUGUGCUUACUCAUCAUUCUGGGCCGCUACUUCGCCAGACACAAAGGCACAUACUUCACUCACGAAGCGAAAGGAGCCGACGACGCCGCCGACGCAGACACGGCCAUCAUCAACGCAGAAGGAGGGCAGAGCAGCUCGGAGGAAAAGAAAGAGUACUUCAUCUAGACCGGCCUUUCUGUUUCCAUGAGGUGUCCAGCCGGCCCUAUUUAGCUGAUAAAGAGACAGUGAUCUUGGAACUUGCGAGAAAGUCUGUGUGUUUUUUCAUGGAUGGGUGGAAAGGUGUGAGACUGGGAAGGCUUGGGAUUUGCUGUGUAAAAAACAAACA